UGUCAUAGAGCCGCUGAGUGUCGUCGCCUGGAGACAAAUAUAUACACAAUCUGGUCCCUGCAUAAAUUACACGUGCUUCUGGGCAGAGUGACACUGGACACCUAUGCAGAGAUUACACACAGUCAUUCCAGACAAUUGAAGAUGUCAACAGAUAUGUGGGUAGGGUCUUGGAGACCUCACAAAGCAAGAGGACCAAUCGCAGCAUUCUACAACAGUCCAGGGCCAAAGUAUGCUCUCCCUGGAACCACAGGAAUUCAGUUUCAUGAUCCAAGGAAAUACAAAGCUCCUGCUUUUAGCUUUGGUACCCGUCACUGUUCAUAUUCUACCGACUGCUCCCCAGGCCCUGGGUAUCUAGUACAACCGAACAUCACCCGGACAGGGAAGGAUGGGACUCCUAUAUACUCACUUUAUGGGCGCCCCAAAGACCUUAACCUCUUCCGAACCCCAGGACCAGGCCAGUACUCCCCGGAAAAAUCAGGGAAAUCAGCACAUUAUUCUGCCCCCGCUUACUCUCUGUCUGCACGGUCCAAAGGAUUUCGCAAUGACCACACUCCUGGACCAGCAGCCUAUAUACUUCCAUCUGUGUUAGGACCCCGGACAGUGAACAAAACCUCUGCUCCCAACUUCAUCCUGACUGGAAGGAGCAAGAUUGGGAGCUUCCAUGAGGACCUUCAGAAGACUCCUGGGCCUGGGACAUACAGAGUGAUUGACCCCUGUGCGUAUAAGUACAAGCCACCUCAUUACAGCAUGACCGGACGCAAUAGCAUGCCAGGAGACACAACAAGGAAACCAGGUCCUGGAGCUCACAGUCCAGAGAGGGUAACCAUCGCAAGUGGCAAAGCUCCCGUCUACUCGUUUGGAAUCCGACACUCGGAGUACAUGGCUCCACUCAUUGUGGAUGUAGUUGAUUAAAAACCACCUCCAGCACCUUUCCCAGGAUGCACACAAUGCUCAUCUUUAUUUCUGGCUACUGCAGUAGAGAUUGUAAUGUGGAUGACCAUGCCAAUGUGUAGAUCUUUUGGAAGUAUCUCUUCAAACUUUCCUUUGUUUGUGAUUGAAUUGCCUCACUUAAAUCAAUAGUCACGAUCAUGCUCAUAUUGAAACAGGCAGUUAUUAGGGAGGCUUCAAGCGAAGACUACAAUGAAGCCAAAAAAUAGGACAUGCUAGACCACUGUUAUAGUGUACAUAGAGAAUGUGACCAGAGAUUUUAAAAUAACAGGUAUUAUAUGGGUAAAUAUAUUUUAGAUAUUAUCCUGUGUCUAAUUUACAGUUGCCGUUUGUAAAAGAGUCUGUAAAAGCUGUUGAAAUUAGUAAAUAGCUUCAAAUGAAAAUCUUUUAGUAUUAUACCCCCAUAAUCUCUGAGUACCAUUAUCCUGUGUUGCAUUAAUACCUCCAUGUCUAUAGUUUAGGGCUGUAUGUAUGUCUUCAAAUGCCAUUUUAAUAGAUUUUUCUUACUCUUUUGUGUAGUUUGCAAUCAUGGUUGAAUAUGGGGUUAUACAGUGAUCCUCAUGCCAAUUUAGUAUAUUCCCGACUUUUUUAUUUGCAAUCAUGGUUGAAUAUGGUCCUAUAUAUUUUACUCUACAGAAAUCCUGGUUGUAUUUUCCCCAUGGAAGUUUAUUGAACCCUUAACAAUAUACAUAGAAUAAAAGAUGGUAGGAAUACAGAUUUAGGGCAAAAGCAUUCCACAGUGUCUGUCACUGUUUAUAUUUAAAAUGCACUCCCAUAAUCUUCAAGGGUAAUUAUGUCUUUGUGGGUUUCUGUCAUCCAGGUCAAGUGAUGAAUUAAAGUCACAUUGUAUGUUCAAUGUUUUACAUCACACAAUACACAAUUAAGCCAUUUAAAUAAAAAUAGUUUCUGAACAAA